CACUCCCUUUACAUUUUAAUACAUACUGAUUAAUUCUUACGAUAAAUGGUUGAGAUAUUAAGAACUGUGUAAUUGAGUUAAAUACAAACUCUAGAGAAUCUUUAAUACAUACUGGAUUAAUUCUUGAUGAUUGGUUUUUUGGAGAGCUUUAUAAGAACAGAAAAACAGCUUCAAACUCUCUUAUAUUCUUGCGUGUGAUUGCAUUGUUGAGUUUACACCCAUGAAUUUAUCAAAGAAAGUUACAGCCACGAUGAAAUACUAUGUAGGGAGCAAAGUUGAGGUAUUGAACAGUAGGGUGGCUAAGCCAGUAGGUGCAUGGUGUCUUGCUGAAAUCACAAAGGUAGAAGAUGAAAAAGGGCAUUGGUUUACUGUCAAAUACAGUAAUGGAAAGGUGGAGAAGAUGGUUCCAAUUUGCAUUGUUAGACCUUGUCCACCACUUAUGGAGUUUGUGGGUGAUAUGGAAAUUGGUGAUCUUGCUGAGUAUUGUGUCGACAAUGAUUGGAUAGCAACAACAUUGUUGGAGUCUCUAGGUGAUGACAACUUCAGGGUUAGGCAACUUGGUGGAGACUUUAAGGAAUUCACUAUCCAUAGGUCUAAUUUAAGGGUGCCACAGGAUUGGAGAAAUGAAAAGUGGGGCGUCCUUCAAAACCAAUUUUUUGAUCAGGACAGGACUCAUAAACAAGGUAAUGCUGAGUUCUUGAGAAAGAUUUGGUCUCGUCCAGGUGCUAAAAGAACCCCAUGUCUUGAUUUUUCUCCUCUCAAGAAAGUUCAGAGGCCCAAUGCCACUCCAAGUUGUGAUGAGAGUUGUAUAAUUGAUGCAGAUGGGGAAGACAAUGGUUCUAUUGCAGGAAACUUAAGGGCUAAUGAUGAUGAUGAUGAUGAUACCAUGAGCAUUGCAUCUUCUGUUGGUAGUUGUUGUCCUAAUUGAAAUGGUUGUUCGUGUUUUCAUUUUUUAUUUUUUUAGGUGUUUGUUUCAUGCUUUUCAUUCUAGUAAACUGCUGCAAGGUUAUGUUUGCUUUAAUAAUGGCAAUUUUCUUUAGUUGGGCUUUUUGGUUUGUAUAUGUU